UAUCAAUUCCUACACAUCAGUUCUACAGCUAUGAAUAUCAUGUGAUUAAAGUUUUAUAUUUGUGUUUUACCAGUUUCUCACUUUUGUUUAGAGUCUUUUAUCAAUUUAAUAUCUUUAAAUUUCCUUUUGUUCAUUUCCAUGUCUUUCAGGGAUUAGGUCGAUUUGAAACAAAAAAGAAUCAAUUUAGAUGCUAGAGCAACUAAAAAUGAAGAAUUUUGCAGAUGCGUCAGAAGUUAGAUGGAAGAAUUCCCACCAAGAGAAUUAAGCUCAUUUUUGUCACAAGUUAGAAAUUGAUUUAUCUUUUCAAUGCAACCGGUCUGAAAUCAAUCGUACAGUUGGAUUAAAGUAUUUCAUUCUAUUGAAGACGGAUAUGUUUGCCAGUUCAAUACGAGAAAUGUUUUUUUUGUUUUUCUUAUAAUAUUUGGUUUAAUUCGACAUAUAUCUACUAUUUUUGAGCCACUGUUGAGGUUAAUUUUUUUUCAUAUGAUUAGAGAGUUUGAGAGUUUUGGGGAAACUAAUUCGUACUCUGCCUUUGGAGAAGCCCUCUAAAACCCUAUUUUAUGUCUUUUAACCUAGUUAUUUAUUUUCAUCUUAGAUUUGUGAUUUUUCUUCCAUUUAUGCGUAGUUCAAUAGUUAACUUUUAGGCUUUCAAUGGAACUGAAGAAAAUGAUUGUUUAGGCUUGUUUAGAUUAGAAAAUUAUCAAUUGAUUCUUUAAUUGAAAUGUUUUUUUGCUUGAACUUGAUUAACUAUCUAUUUUUGAUUUUAUGUUUUUCUAAAUACAGGUAGAGUUGGUUUGAUUACCUGAAAAUAAUAUGUGUUAGCAAAGUAUCUUUAGCUUACAAGAGUUGAUGUUAUUGUACUUAGUGAACCUAGCGAAACUCGAACUUAAUGCAUGUUUAAUUUCCUAGGGUCAACAAAAUUUUUUUAGGUUGUUAGACCACCUCCAUAGGUGUUUCUAAAGGAAGGUUCUGCAACAAAAGUGAAAAAAAAAUGAAAAAAGAAUAAAAAUGAGAGAACCGGUGUUUAAUAUGAGCUUUUUGGAAUUGAUAAGAACCCAUACGUGUCACUUUCUGAAUGAACCUCCCAUUUAUGUUUCUUCGCCGGGAUCAGUUUGUUCUGUUCCUCCUCCAAUCUAGAUCAAUUCAUCUUCUCUCUCGAUCUUCGUCGGACAAAAGGCAAAGGCGCUCCAAUCGUGAUCACUCCGUCGUCUGUUGCAGUACCCAGACGUCUCGAGCUUUUGAUCUCUGGUGAGAACCGAUGGGUGUCACGUUUAAGAUAUCGAAGACUGGUAGAAAGUUCCGGCCGAUGGUUUCUACUGAAUCGGUUACUCCUGACUUCUCCAGAACAGCUGAAUCCGAAAUCAAUCGUCCUAUCUGAGAAAUCAAAGUUUGGGCUGUUUUGUGUUUGUGAUGGACAUGGGGGAGCAGGGGCUGAAAACAGAAGCUUGGAUGAUCACCAAUAUGAGGGUUGUACAACUACAGCUCUCUUGGUUUGGAAAAGACAGUGAAGAACAUUUAUUCGCACAAUCUGCCAAUCUUGGUGAUUCAACAUAUAAUUUUUUUGGAGCGUUGGACUGUUUUUGUGUUAUGUCGUUGUAACAACACUACAUCAAACUGAGCGAGAUGGAGAAGAACCGCAAGUUGAAUGACCUUCUUGACGCAUUGGACUUCAAUCAAGUUGUCAUAUUUGUGAAGAGCGUUAGCAGAGCUGGGGAGCUGAACAAGUUGUUUAUUGAAUGCAAUUUCCCCUCAAUAUGCAUUCACUCUGGCAUGUCUCGGGAAGAGAGGAAGGGCACAAGAGGAUCCUUGUGGCGACAGACUUGGUAGGAAGAGGCAUUGCCAUUGAGCGUGUCAACAUUGUUAUCAACUAUGACAUGCCAGAUUCUGCUGAUACAUAUCUUCACAGGUUGGGAGAGCGGGUAGGUUUGGAACAAAGGGUCUUGCGAUCACAUUUGUGGCAUCAGCUGCAGAUUCUGAAGUUCUUAAUCAGUGAUGGGUUAUGGGAUGUGGUGAGUCCGAAGAAAGCUGUGCAGCUGGUGCUACAGGUGAGAAUAUAUAUAUCUUCCUCCAUCACUUCCCCGUUCGUACCGUCCCACGCUUUUGUCUUCACGAUCUCUGGUGUUCCGUUCAUAGGUAAGUUUCCUUUUCCACCGGCUCCAGCAUCCUUUACAAACUCUCUGACGCAGCGCAAACAAAGAUUACGUGUUAUACAACUGAAGAAAUCACUCAACUGAAUCUGAACUCUUAGAGAUCUCUAACUGAACCAAAACUUACAAGAGGUGUUGAAGCUCAAAUGCACUUCUAAGAGGAGUAUAUACUCCUUUCUUCACGUUCAUGGCUACCAUUGCUGGAUAACCGUAACCUCCCACGUCAACUCUCUUCUCCAAAUCCGGCUGAGUUACAGCCGCCACCCACACAAAACUGCAUAUUUUACAUGAGAUAAUAAGGAAAACUGACUGACUCGAUUGCUUUGAGAGUCACCGGAGUCAAUCAGUGAAAGCCAAAUGAAAAUUUCUUUUUAGAGAUAAGGAGGAAAAUUUAGAGAGAGAUUUCCUACGAUAGUUAACAGAAACUGUGUGGAGUAUUUUUUAAAAAAAAUCUCUCAGAAAAAUAAAA